AUGAACCAUUCUACCAUCGUCGACAGCAGCAGCCUCAAUACCAGUAGUAUUAGUAGUCCCUCUCCCCGUGGUAUCCGACGCUCCUUGUUACGCAUGUCCAUGAUGACUAGUAGUCAAAACGACAACAACAACAACAACACUAUGAAUGUAGAACCUGCGGAUUGCUGCGAGCGAAUCCGAAGCCUGCGAUCCGCCGCAGCUCUUCCACUGAGAGUACGAGAUACAUCCGCCCCGGAUUCCGGCAAGGUCCCACACACCAUCAUUACCACCACAACAACUACUACUCGCAAAAGCCUUAGUGACUGCACACCGCAAAAACCCAUGCGGGAAAACAGCGAUCAAAAGCAACGCAAGACGCUCGCCCCCAAACGUCGCUCCAAGCCGCGUCGUCAAUCCGGAAUGCUCUGUCGUGGACGCAACGAUCGACCCGAUACCGUACGAAACAUGAUGGUCCUCAUGAGGACCGAUAGCGAUCGUCGCAUUCUGGUCAAUACUCUGGAACGAAAACUACGACGAGUCGCCGCCGUGGCAGAGCAAUAG